AUGUCUUCAUUAUCUGUUCAGUUGACUGCUCCCAACGGCCGUGUUUGGACGCAGCCUACCGGCCUCUUCAUCAACAACCAAUGGGUGAAGUCGUCCACCGGCGACAAGAUCGCCAGUAUCAACCCCUCUACUGCCAGAGAAAUCACCUCCGUCCAUGCUGCUUCCGCGCAGGAUGUUGAUACCGCCGUCAAGGCAGCUCGUGCCGCCCUCAACGACCCCAGUUGGCGCGAUCUGCCCGGAACCGAGCGCGGCAAACUGAUGAACAAACUGGCUCAACUCAUCGAGGACAACCGUGAGACCCUGGCUACCAUUGAGACCUGCGACAACGGAAAGCCCUACACCGUUUCCCGCGACGAUGACUUGACCGAGACGGCCGAGACCAUCCGAUACUACAGUGGAUAUGCGGACAAGAUCUUUGGUCAGGUCAUUGGCACCACCCCCGACAAGUUCGCCUACACCGUGCGCGAGCCCGUGGGCGUCUGCGGUCAGAUUAUCCCAUGGAACUUCCCUCUCUCCAUGGCCGCAUGGAAGCUCGGUCCUGCUCUGGCCUGUGGCAACACCGUGGUGCUCAAGCCCGCCGAGCAAACCCCUCUAUCCAUCCUAUUCCUCGCAAACCUGAUCGUGGAAGCUGGCUUCCCUCCAGGUGUCGUGAACAUCAUCAACGGCCACGGCUCCGUCGCCGGCGCCGCUCUUGCCUCCCACAUGGACGUCGACAAGAUCGCCUUCACCGGCAGCACCGCCACCGCCAAGCACAUCAUGAAGAUGGCCAGCAACAACCUGAAGAACAUCACCCUCGAAACCGGCGGCAAGUCCCCUCUGGUCGUUUUCAAUGACGCCGACCUCGACCUGGCCGUCGAAUGGGCUCACAUCGGUAUCAUGUACAAUCAGGGCCAAAUCUGUACCGCCACUUCCCGUAUCCUAGUCCAGGACGAGAUCUACGAUAAAUUUGUCGAGGCGUUCAAGAAGCAGAUUAAGAACGUUUCUAUCGUCGGUGAUCCCUUCGAUGAGAAGACUUUCCAAGGUCCCCAGGUGACGCAGGCCCAGUACGAGCGUAUCAUGUCCUACGUGGAUGUGGGCAAGUCCGAGAAGGCCACUCUUGCUUAUGGUGGUAAGCCUUUCAAGGGCGUCGGUGACGGAAAGGGCUUCUUCUUCGAGCCCACCGUUUUCACUGAUGUGACCCCCAACAUGCGCAUUUACCAGGAAGAGGUCUUCGGUCCUUUUGCCGUGAUCUCUCGCUUCAAGAAGGAGGAGGACGCCGUGCAAAUGGCUAAUGAUUCUACAUACGGUCUUGGAAGUGCUGUGUUUACUACCAACUUGACUCGUGCUCACCGUGUUGCCAAGCAGAUCCAGGCGGGUAUGGUGUGGAUCAACUCUAGCAAUGACAGUGAUUGGCGCAUUCCUUUCGGUGGUGUCAAGCAGAGCGGUAUCGGUCGGGAACUGGGUGAAGCUGGUUUGGACGCGUAUUCCGCGGUCAAGGCUAUUCAUGUUAACAUGAAGUCGAAGCUUUAA